ACUUUAAUGACUUGGGAUAGAACGCAAUGCAUCGAUCUCAUCAAGUCUUGUAACUCGCUCUCUAGCGCCAAAUCUCUCCACUCGCGCCUCCAGCUCUCGUUCGAAUCGGAUGUCUACGUGCUCAACCGGGUCGUGCAGAUGUAUGGGAAAUGCGGGGGCGUGGAGCAAGCCUGGAUUGUGUUUGAUGGCAUCCAGAACAAGAACGAUUUCUCGUGGUUUGCGAUGCUAGGCGUUUACAUCCAAAAUGGGAGAAUUGCGCAGGCCGAGUCGUUCUUCGAUUCGAUGCCGCGGUGGGAUCUGUUUGUGUUGACGUCGCUUCUUGUUGCAAUUGCCCGAUCUGGGAAUUUGCCAAAAGCCAAAGCCUUGUUUUACCGGAUGCCUGAAUGGGAUGUUCUCUCCUGGAACUCACUUCUUUCCAUGUAUGCGAAAAAUGGAAACCUUGUUAAGGCAAAGGAUGUCUUUGAUAACAUGGAAGAAAGAAAUCUCUCCUCUUGGAACUCGCUACUCUCUGCUUAUGACCAAAACGGGCAUCUUGAAGAAGCUAGAUCAGUCUUUAACACCAUACCUGAGCGAAGCAUGGUAUCUUUCUCUGCCAUGCUAGCGGCAUAUUCCAGCCAAGGACACAUUGAAGAGGCGAGAGCGCUGUUUGAUUCUCUCCCGGAGAGGGAUAUGGUGACGUGUACAACGAUGCUUUCGGCAUAUACGCAUCACGGGCAUCUUCACGAGGCAGCAUCUCUCUUUGGCAGAAUGGACGUCCACGAUCUCGUGUCAUCCACGGUCAUGCUGGGAGCGUUUGCUCAAAGAGGAAAUGUUACAGCCGCCAGGAGAAUAUUCGACACAAUGGAGCAACGGGACUUGGGAUCCUUCAAUGCAAUGAUCUCUGCUUACGUACAAAAUGGGCAUCUCUACAAUGCAAGGUAUUUGUUCGACCGUAUGGAAGUGUGGAAUAUGGUGACGUGCUGUACCAUGACAACGGCAUAUGCCCAAACCGGGCAUCUUGAAGAAGCAAAACACGUAUUUGAGAAUAUGCCCGACCAGAAUGUAGUGACGUGUAAUGCCAUGCUGUCAGCUUAUGCCGCAAACGGCCACGUGGAGGAAGCUAAGCAGGUGUUUGAUUCGAUGCCUGAGACUGACGUGAUAUCAUACACUGCCAUGCUUUCGGCAUAUUCCCAGAACGGGCAUCUCGAUGAGGCGAGGAGAUUCUUUGACCGGAUGGGAGAACGCAAUGUGGUGUCCUGGAAUGCAAUGGUAUCGGCGUAUUCGCAAGCUAGGAAUCUAGAGAAAGCCAGGGAAGUCUUUGAUAGGAUGGACGCGAGAGACUCGGUGACGUGGACUGCUAUGCUGGCAGCAUAUUCCCAGAGAGGUCAAAUGCACCAUGCCCAGAAGCUCUUUGACCAGAUGCCUGAAAGAUCAAUGGAGGCGUGGACGUGUCUCAUCGGUGGGUAUGCACAGAAUGGGCAUCCCAACGAUGCUUUGGAAUUAUUCCCAGAGAUGAAUGCACUUAACACCACACCCGAUGAGAUCUCUUUCAUUUGUGUGCUUCUCGCCUGUAGCCAUGCUGGAAAAGUAUACAAUGGUCGAAGCUGGUUCUUGUCAAUCACAUUGGAUUUCCAAAGAAGUCCUGGGAAGCUGCAUUAUAGUUGCAUGGUCGAUCUACUCGGCCGUGCUGGAUAUCUGGAUCAUGCAAGAGAUUUGAUCAAGGGCAUGCCUUUUGCUCCGGAUGCGUUGGAUUGGAUAUGCUUGCUUGGGUCUUGUAGAGCUCACAAAAACGCCCAAAUUGGAUCCCAUGCCAUGGAGGAGGUGAUUGCACUGAAUCCAAAGAAUGCAGCGGCAUAUACCUUACUUGCCAACACAAAUUUUGAUUCCUAAAACUAAAUUCUAUGGUUACCCAAGGCACACAGCACUGGAUAACCGCCAGCCCGCGAUCGCCCCAAUGGCCAUGGCGGCCGCGUGCUGCUAGCCAGCCUUUGAAAAUCCUCAAGUGAUGCCGCGGCCAAAGCUGUGUAAGCUCAAAGGGAACAGCGCCGGAGCUGGAGGACGAGGAGGAACAGCAAGAGGUAUGGAUGAGGAUCGAGCAGCGGUGAUCUGGGCUCAGCUCUGCGGUGGACGAUCCCAGCUCCCUGAUCUAGGAGUUCUUCCAAGAAGCAAGCGUGGGGGAGCCAGCAAUCCAGAUCGCACUCACAGCAGCAAGUAGGAGCCGCAUCUCGGCCUCGCGACCUCGAGAACCGAGCAUUGCGCUGGCUCGCCAUAAACAAAUGAGUGAACGUAUAGGGUUCAAUUCCUGCUCAGUCCAUGAUCCUUUACAAUUCAAAAACUCUAAAAAGUUUAAUUAUUAUCUAAAA